GUGAUAUUUGAUGCUCAGAGACAGGAGGAAGUUUGAAGGAGCCUCACAUUACGGUGCAUGCUUUGAGCUGUUACCUCCGGCUACUUUAGCACACUAUCUUGCGGUCAUGAGAUGAAUAAAAACCGGUCGUUUGGAGGUUCUUAACGUCCACGGAAGGUGUCAGUGAUGUCCAGAUCUUAGACACAGAGUAACCCUCCCCGCUAUCAUGGACUCCAAGAAGCCAGGCGUGCUGCGGCAUCUCCGGCAGAAAAUGAUGCCACACCUCCGACGAAACAAGGCGAGCCCCAGCAAGUCAGCAGUCCAGCUCGAACAUGGCAUGGACCACCGGAUGAGCUCCUCUGUUCCCGACAUCAGGAACCUAAGACAAGAGUACGCUCCCAAUUCUCCCAGGGCACAGCUCCAACAGUACAGCUCCCCCAGCCACAGCAGCCCAUCUUCACCGCAAGUCAAGCCUGCCAGAAGCCCAGGAGGAGGUGGGAGUGGUCUGAGGAGGGAGGUAGUCAGUGGAGGAGCUGGGAGGAGUGAGCAUAGACUGAGUGUGCCUACAGACUGCACAGACUGGGCUUCCUCUCAGGAGUCCUUUAACAGUGUGUAUGAGGAGGACAGCUCUCCAGAGACUUACUACAGAACUGCACGGGGUAUGGAGCCUGAGGAGCUCGGCCUGCCUGAGAUGAUGACGGUCUACAGCCCAGACCCUCCCUCUGCGGGGGUCUCCAAAGACAGCUUACAGAAUGAUGAUUUAAACAGUCAUGCCUUGAAAGACGGGGACAACCAAAAUAGUGAGAUGGGCAAUGAGACUACGAGUGUGUCGGAGAACUCCAGAGAUCUGUCCCGGUCCUUCCUGCUCACCAUCAACCUGAAGGAAGGACGGAACCUGGUCAUCAGAGACCGCUGUGGCACCAGCGACCCCUAUGUGAAGUUCAAACUGGAGGGGAAAACGUUCUACAAAAGCAAAGUGGUUUAUAAAGACCUGAACCCCACAUGGAACGAGACCUUCUCCUUACCUGUGAAGGAUCUGAGCCAGAAACUUUACAUCAAGGUGUACGACCGUGAUCUGACAACGGAUGACUUCAUGGGCUCAGCCAGCGUCACCCUGAGUGAUCUGGAGAUUGACAAGGUCCACGAGAUGUCUUUGCCCUUAGAUGACCCGAACAGCCUGGAGGAGGACAUGGGAAACGUGCUGGUGGACUUCAGUCUGUCGCGUAGAGAUGGAGACAGCAAAAGAGGCCAUCGGUGGCCUCAAAAACAGAAACGAAGCUUUAGGUCAGGAGGCCAGUCUCAGAGCUUUCGUAUGUCAGAAACACUGAGGAAGAGCCAGCUGUGGACGUCUGUGGUGUCAGUGACUCUGGUCGAGGGUCAGGAGCUGCCGCUGGACACGCUGGGAGGUCAGCUCUUUGUUCGCUUCAGACUGGGAGAGCAGAGAUACAAAAGCAAGAAUCACUGCAAAGUGCCAAACCCUCAGUGGAGAGAGAGGUUCACCUUUAACCAGUUUGCAGACGGCUCAGACCUCCUGGAGGCGGAGCUCUGGUCCAAGGAAGGGCGAAGGAAUGAGGAGUGUUUGGGAAUGUGUGAAGUGGACCUCACCAGGGUCCCUUUUGAACAGAGGCAGCUGUUCACACACACACUGGACCAGGGGAGAGGACGCCUGGUCUUCCUGCUCACGCUGAACACAUGCAGCGGCGUCUCCAUCUCUGACCUCUGUGCCGCACCGCUAGAUGAGCCUCAAGAGCAGAAGAACCAGCUGGACAACUACUGUUUGAAACGGUCCCUGAAAAACCUGCGUGAUGUUGGUUUUCUUCAAGUCAAAGUCAUCAAGGCAGUAGAUCUCCUGGCUGCUGAUUUAAAUGGCAAGAGCGAUCCCUUCUGUGUGCUGGAAGUUGCCAACGACAGACUGCAGACCCACACGGUUUAUAAGAACCUCUACCCGGAGUGGAACAAAGUCUUUACAUUCCCUGUCAAAGACAUUCAUGAUGUCCUGGUGGUGACCAUCUUUGAUGAUGACGGAGACAAGGCGCCAGACUUCCUGGGAAAAGUUGCCAUUCCCCUGCUCUCGAUCCGCAGGGGACAGCAGAUUGCAUACCCGCUGAAGAAAGAGGACCUGGGUGGGCUGUCGAAAGGGACCAUCACUCUAGAGCUGGAGGUUAUUUUUAACCCUGUCAGAGCGGGUAUCAGAACGUUCCAGCCACGGGAGAAGAGGUUCAUGGAGGAUAAUCCAAAAUUUUCCAAAAAGGCUCUGGCCAGAAACGUGCUGCGUGUUCAGACACUGUACAGGGCCAUCAUAUCCACUAUGCAGUACAUCAAAAGCUGCUUCCAGUGGGAGAGCGUUCAGAGGAGCCUGCUAGCCUUCCUGGUGUUUAUGGUGACAGUGUGGUACUGGGAGUUUUACAUGCUGCCCUUCUUCCUUGUCCUGCUCAUCUCCUGGAACUACAUGCAGAUCCGUUCCGGUCGUGUCAGUCAUGAUGUGGACAAUAUGGAUUUGGGAGAUGAAGAGGAGGAUGAUGAGAAGGAGUCGGAGAGAAGAGGGCUGAUGGAGAAAAUCCACAUGGUCCAAGAAACCAUCAUCACCCUUCAGACCCUGCUGGACGAGAUCGCCUGUUUUGGGGAGAGGAUUAAAAACACUUUCAACUGGUCGGUGCCGUUCCUUUCCGGCUUGGCUGUCCUGAUCUUUGUCAUAGCAACAAUCCUCACAUAUUACGUCCCUGUACGCUACAUAGUCUUAUUAUGGGGUAUCAAUAAAUUCACCAAGAAACUACGGAACCCGUACAGCAUUGACAACAAUGAAGUGCUUGAUUUCCUGUCGAGGGUGCCUUCAGAUGUGCAGAAGGUUCAGUACAGCGAGUUAAGAGGCAAUAAGAAGAGGAAGAUCUUGUAGACUGUAGAAGGACAGCGUGGAAACUGGACCUGGGGCUGCUGUUCAUGGGUUUCUUGCUGAAAACAGUUUGCAGAGGAUCUGCUGGAGGUCUGCAGAGUCUCAGUGCAUUGUCGGUUUGAAUCAUAAUCUGCUGUGUCGAUGCACAGUGCAGAAGCUCUCACGUUGAUCAGACCUCUAAACCAAAGAAGUGCACACUCACUGUACCACAUGUCGUGUCAGAUUUUUCGUAUCUAUCUGUGCUUUUUUGGAACAAUGUGUCAGAUUACUCCCAAAGAUUGUGUUUAUUUGUUUGUACAGUUUAUUCUUAAAGAUGAACAAUCAGAAGCUGCUUAAUAUUAUGAUCUUUGCUCCAGGUUUGUCCUCCUGAACGCAGCACAGAUAUCAGGCUGGAUUUUACUGAAUGUACAUGUUUGAUUACAUCUGUGUAUUUUUAUAAUAUUUACAUCUUCAGAUGAGAAGUUUUAACUUUAAUAAUGAAAUACAUUAUCCAUACCAUGAACCAUAUUUGAGUAUAUGUCAACUGUAAAAGUAAGAGUCUUCGUUGGGCCUUUUCUUAAAAAAAAUUGUAAUUUUACACUCUACUUUUCGAAAUGACACCUUUUAAUUUCCAUACACAGAAACAUAUCAAAAGGAAUAUUAUGCACUGUAGGCUAUGUUUCUUACCUUUACUUUGUGAGAGAUACAUACGUUCAUACAGAAAUGACUGAGUAAUUUUACUGCAACCUGAAAUUACAGACUCAUUUUACAUGCAAAGAUAAGUGCCUGCAUUAAGUUUUACAUUUUGAUUCUUGUUUUCAUACAUACAAGACUGUCGGUGCCCUUUGUUAUACUUUAUUUUCUGCUAUGAGCGGUAAGGGUCCAGAUCUGUAUACACGUAACUUUAUUUAUUAAUGAUAACCACUGACGACGACUUUGUGUCUCAUUUCUUACAGCAAUAAAUGCGCUCGACCACA